UCCAUGUGAAAAAAAUUUCAGGUGUAAAAUGUAUACAUAUUUUAUAUACUUCUAUUUUAUAUAUGUAUAUUCUAUAGUUUAAGUUCCUGUCUUUGUCUCAAUGAGUCCUCUACCUUUGGAAAUAUAUAGUCAGUUUAUUUUUCAAGCUGGCGAAUCUCAGAUCUACUGGCUAUUGGAAAGCGAUGUUUCGGACUAGUAGGGCUCAUAGGAUAGGAGCUUGUCCGGUGCACUCACGUACAACCUAGUGGUCCUGGGGACCAGUGGGCCUCAAGGAGUCUUAACCAAUUACAGCUAGUCUUAAGAAUGCCUAGAGCAGACACCUGGGAAACGGAAUCUGAUUUCAUGUAACAUGGAGAGCAAAAACUCCUAACUUUCAUCCUGGGUUCUUGAUUCUAGAGCCUCAUUGCCACCAACCAAGAAGAGAAAGUGCACACAGGCGCUGGAGGACUCCGGGGACUGUCACGUGUGGGCCCACCACUCCAGACCAAUGACAAGUAGGAGUUCCAGCAGUGAAGUGCUGUUCUACGACGGUGAGGGACAGAACAUGACACCUGUGGACCAGGGUUCUCCUUCUCUGAAGUGGCAGCCAUACCAGAGUGUGCCUUGGCACAGUUUAUUCACUGGUCAUUAUGAGAAACUACCUGAUAUAGGCUAUCGAGUUGUCACAGACAAAGGAUUUAAUUUUUCACCAGCAGAUGAAGCUUUUGUUUGCCAAAAGAAGAACCAUUUUCAGAUAACCAUCCACAUCCAAGUUUGGGGAAGUCCAAAAUUUGUCAAAACUCAAAUGGGCCUAAAGCCAAUAGAAAUGUUUUACUUGAAAGCUUUUGGGGUUAAGGUAGAAGCCACCAAUCAAAUAAUCGCUAUUGAACAAUCCCAAGCAGAUAGAAGCAAAAAGAUUUUCAAUCCCGUUAAAAUCGACCUGCCGGCCGACCAGGUCACCAAAGUUACACUGGGUCGGUUACACUUUAGUGAGACGACAGCAAAUAACAUGAGGAAGAAGGGAAAACCAAAUCCUGACCAGAGAUACUUCAUGCUGGUGGUUGGGCUGUAUGCUGUGCACCAAGACCAGUUCUACCUACUGUCUGCCCACAUCUCUGAACGGAUCAUUGUAAGGGCCUCUAACCCAGGGCAGUUCGAAAAUGACAGUGAUGUAUUAUGGCAGCGAGGACAAGUUCCAGAAUCUGUCAUUUGUCAUAGUCGAGUGGGAAUAAAUACGGACGCCCCAGAUGAAGCCCUGGUCGUCUGCGGCAACAUGAAGGUGAUGGGGACGAUUAUGCAUCCCUCUGACAGCCGCGCGAAGCAGAACAUCCAGGAGGUUGACACAAAUGAACAGCUACGACGAAUAGCCCAAAUGAGGGUCGUGGAAUACGACUACAGACCUGAAUUCGCGUCUUCCAUGGGGAUAAACGCCGCCCAUCAAACAGGGAUGAUUGCUCAGGAGGUCCGAGAAAUCCUGCCUCGGGCCGUCAGAGAGGUUGGUGAUGUCACCUGUGAAAAUGGAGAGACGCUGCGGAACUUCCUCAUGGUCGAUAAGGACCAGAUCUUUAUGGAAAAUGUGGGUGCAGUGAAGCAGCUCUGCAAACUAACGCACAAUCUUGAAGAAAGGAUAGAGGAGUUAGAAAUAUGGAACAGAAAGCUGGCCCGGCUGAAGCGGCUCAGUAGUUGCAAGUCCUCAGCCAGCGAAGCAAGCUCCAUCAGCAAAUUUAGCAGAGCUUUUAGUGCGUCUACUCCAAGAAGGGCCAUUCCCAAAAAAACCAACAAGGUUUAUUUUUCAGGAAAAAAACAGCUGUGUCCUAACUGGGUUUUCCAGACCUUGGUUAUAACACUCAUUGCCGUGAUGGCAUUUUGUGCCUUGACGAUAGUCUCUCUUUACAUACUUAGCUUAAAAGAUCAAAACCAGCGGGCCCCAAAUCUUCCUCUGAGCAAUAUCACCAGCUCUCAGGAGCCCGCCCUGCCGCCCACAACCUCCCCCUCAGCACCGAAUACAUCCCUGGCAACCACACAGUCCUCCUUCCAAGUACCAGAAAUCACUUUCUGUGAGAUCCUGCCCUGUCAGGAGACUUACUGCUGCCCCAUCUGGGGAAAGAGAGGAGUCCCCUCCGGUCCUGUGCGAAGGCUGUCUCAGGAGGAGCAAACCCAUCAGAGGCCAUGGGCAGAAGACAGAAGCUUGUCCUUCCUGGCAAGAGAUGCGCUAACCAGCCCUGACUGGGGGAGUGACUGGAUUGAUACAACCAUCAGUUCUAUUCAGAUCAUGGAAAUCCAGCAAGUAAUAGAUCAUCGGUAUUGUGGCCGAGGCCUCCAGUGUAGCGCUGGAAAUUACAAUUACAAUAUUCCUGUUAAUAAGCACACACCUACCAAUGUCAAAUUCUCUCUGGAAAUCAACACAACAGAGCCAUUGAUAGUCUUCCAGUGCAAGUUCACCCUUGGAAAUAUAUGUUUCCAUGGUACAAGGGGAGCCAAGAGGACACAGAGCCGCCAAGAAGUCUCCCAAGAGAUGACACAGGGCUAUCAGCACAUUUGGACCCUCCCUGUAGCCCCGUUCUUUGACAGCACGUACCAUUUCCGUGUAGCUGCGCCGGAUUUAGCGGACUGUUCAACGGAUCCUUAUUUUGCUGGGAUAUUCUUCACAGAUUACUUCUUUUACUUCUAUCGGCACUGCGUCUAAUUUAUUCGAGUUUGGUUGAGGACUUUGCCAAGGAAAAGUGCUCAGAAGUACGGUCAACGGAAACAGAGCCUCUGCAAUUUCUUUCUUCUCUUUGUAAAACAUUCACAUUUAUUGCCACAGGACUUGUUCAGGCUUUGGCUUGAACAGUUUUGAGCCAUUAAUGAGGAGAAUAAAGGGUUUGCUGCAACUUGA